AUGGCUCUCACUAGCGGGUCCUUCGCGGCGUUCCUCAUCGUCUGCCCAACAUGCUUCUUCCUCGGAAUCAUCUUCUCUCUCUUCCCAUACGACUACCCGCUGCUAUGGUCGGCCACACCUACCCCACCUUCCCACUACGACUAUCUCGAGGCCCAUUUGCGAUUCCUCCAUAGCUCUCCGCCAUUGAUCCCACGUAUCCUCCACAUCGUCAUCGCCGUUGGUCUUCUAGGCCUGAUCAUGAAGCUAUACAAACCAACCGAAUCCAACAUGCUCUUCGACGGCGCCAGCUUGGUCCUCUACAUGUGCGGUAUUACCGUCUACAUCGCAAACAUCGUCAAGGGACUACGUAUCGUGACGGAUGGUGACUAUGGAGCGACCGCUGCAGCAGAGGCUGCAGCAGCCACAGCCGCGGCGGUAGCCUCCGGAGAGAGUGAAGACGAUGUCGGCGCAGUUCAACAAGUGCUUGGGCGUGAGGAUAGUAUGAAAGUCCUUGCGGCAAGCAACACCAUCUUGGCAUUGGUUUUGAUUGGUGUCUUGGUUCUACAAGCUGGCCAGUGGUAUGCCGAUAGGAAAUCACAGCAGGAAACUGAAAUGAUCAAGUCGAAGGAGGAGGAAAGCGCAGAGAAGAGCAAGGCCAGCAAGGAGGCUUCCAAGGCCACGAAACAAAGCAGCAGCUCUGCAGCCAACAAGAAGAAGCAAUGA